AUCUCAUUGUCUUUGUCUUAUGUUGUAAUGUGUUCUUGUGUAAAAAAAUAAAUUAAUAAAAAUAAAAAAAAUCGCCAACAAUCAGCAAAAUAUCAAACGAUUGUGCCAAUUUGAAAAAGGCUAAUAGUGGCUGAUUAAAUUGGGCAGUCGAUUAAUCGGUGGGGCCCUAACACAAACCCACGCCAAAGAAAAAAUCCUUAGUUGAGGUAAUAUUAAAAUGUGACACAUGAUAAUCUUGUUAGUUUUGUCACUCUCUUUGGUGGAUUUCUUUGUAAUGUAAUGUGACCCCUCUAAAGUCCCACAACAACCUAGAGUCCGAACCUCGAUGUCACAGGAGACCCCCACAAGACUUCAGCAUAUCCUCAUGAGAUGUGAAAGAUUAACUCCACAAGUGUGUUUUGCUUUUCCUUGCCUUUUUAUUUUUGCUGUUUUAAUUUGUUUUGUGUCAACAGAAGGCUAGCAGUGAAAGAGCGAAAGUGUAUGGUUGACCAUAGAAGCAGAUACGGAGAUAAUUGCGGUGUAGGCUGGACUUAAUCCCUGACCUUAUCCAGCUGUUGUUGACCCUUCUUCUUGACGUCUCUGCCUGUUGGGCUCCUGUUUGGUCCUGCCUAUCUGGGUGUGCAGAGCCAUGAAGAUCCCACUGUGGUGCCUGCUGGUUCUGCUUCCAUGUUUCUUCACCCCUGGACACAGUGACUGCCAGGGAGCGUGUGUGGCCUGUGGUCUGCUCCUGGAGCACCAGCAGCAACUGCAUCAAGCCUUCAACACCAUGGCGUGCUUGUUGGAGUGCAAGGGUCAGAUCUCCUCCUCGCUCACCUGGGAGUUGUGUGAACGCACCCUAAAGCUUGCUAUCUACCCUCCAUAUGCCGAGGAAGGCGCCGUGCUCAAAAGCACGGUGGGAGAGCUGCAAAUGACCUCUCUGGAUCUGACCGCUGAUAGUGAACUGCAAUCUGCAGCCGCGCAACAUUUCCAAGAGGAGAAUGAGGACCUGGAUGAGGCCCCGUUUGAGCCGCGCCGUGUCCAGUAUGACUCAUCUCUGCUCGAAUCCUCGGAGGCGGGGGAGGACGUGCAGAGUCUGGCUCUCCAUCUGAAUGACGGAGAAGGCGAGCAGAGGGAAAGCGGGAAUGUCAGCGAGCAGGAUGAAAGCUCAAAGGCCGUUAGCUUAUCCAAACGCUUUGGCGGCUUUCAGCGGGGCCGCCACGGUUACAGGAAGUUGAUUGGCUCCCCCGCGAGACACCUACAGAAGCGUUACGGAGGCUUCAUAGGCGUCCGUAAAUCUGCCCGAAAAUGGAACAGUCAGAAACGGGUCAACCAGCUGCUCAGGCAGUACCUUGGCAUGAGGAGCAGCCGCAGCGGCCGCUUCAACAUCUACCCGGUAACAAGAGUCUGGAGGCAAAACAAACUGUAAACAUGUUGCUCCGCAUACCUCAACCAAUCAUCUUUUCAACAGUCUGAACUGUGACUUCCUCCAUUGUCAUCAGCUCUUUGUGUCCAACAAGUAAAACAAGGAAUGCUUUGACCAUGAUCAAUAUUUAACAUGCCGUCCUGUGAAAUAAAAGAAUUAGAGAAGUGCAAUUGAAUAUAUUUUUGUGUGUCGGUGUAACGAGAGAGACAGGGCCAAAUGAGAUUUGAAAAACCAGGUGUGACUUUUGACUGCACUUUCAUAAAUGGUACUUAAAAGUCAUUUGCACUUUAGUUUGGGAGCCCAGACAGCCCAGCCAGCUUUCAUUAGUUGUGUUGAAUAAAUUGAAAUGUCGAGACUUGGGAGUUCAAUAUUCUAGUCUUUCUCUUGAAUUGGACCUAAUGCUAUCCCCCAACUCAGUUGAGUGGAGUCAGUCUGGAAUUCACUUGUUUUUAGCACGGGCCACAUUGUACAUUAAGUUGCCGUCAGGAGGCCGGUUUUAACCGUGAAACCACAUGAAUGCAUCAUCGCGAGGGGUGUCGCAGUCCCGGCCGGUAUGCCACAAAAAAAAAAAACACAGUUCGGGAUCAGUAUGUACCUAGGUUUUAAGUUCACAGUUCGGUUCACAUACGGUACAAUCAGUGAACCCAGCAACAAAAAAUGCAUAUAUUUUGUGUAAACAGGAACACAUUUAGUGACAAUUUUUAAAAUGAAAUGACUAAAUCAGGGGUGUCCAACUCAUACGUUUUUUCCAAAGGUUGCUAAAUGUGUAUGAGGAAGCUGCAACAGGCUACAGCACAGUAUAUAAAAAAAGUGGGUGUCCAGGAUCAAAGACAAAGAACAAAGAGCCAAGCCCUAUUCCCAGGAUGAACUGCUGAAGAUGGUCCGCCACUCCUUUGUUUAUCACGGAGGUCACUCAAAACAGGCUCUUGUUCUUCACCUUUGAUCCUGGACACCCGCUUCUUGACUGUGCUGUAGCCUAUUGCUGCUUCCCCCUAAACAUUUCGCAACCUUUUGAAACUGUUUAGUGCUGGCUCCCCCUUCCACUGGAGGAAAUUCAGUCAGAGCUCUCUGCUUCUUACAGGCAUCCAACAACUACAUUAUUUUCAUAAUGUCUGACAGGAAGUGGACAGGCUUAAACAAAACCUAAACAAAAAAAAAAACGAACAAAAAAACCUUCAGUAUUUAAACUACAAACUGUGAAUGUUUCUACAUUUCUGGGAAAAAGUCAAUUAUUAGAAGAUUAAAUUAAAUUGGGCUCAUUACUUACAUAUUACAUAUUUGCCCCUGCAUUCGGUUAUCAUUGUUUUCACGGACCACAUAAGAUGACAUGGAGGGCAGGAUCUGGCCGGGGGCCUUGAGUUUGACACCUGUGCUGUAAUUGGGCUCACACAGAUUGUUAACAGUGCAUAGCUGUUCCCCCCCCCCCCCCCCCCCCCCUGCUAUUUCUGCAUCAUAAAUUAAAGACAAGGGAUCGAAUUGUUGCUUUUUCUACCUGACAACUCACUAAAUGGCAUCUCUUUUCGAAAUCUCCCCCAAAACAAAGAAACAAUACUUUACGGUACCCUGGAGUCUUUUAAGGUGAAAUAAUACUGCCCUCUAGUGCCUGAGGAGGAUGCAUGCUGCCAAUAGCGUGCAAUAAAGUGGAUUUUAUUCCACCCCACACGCUGCAAUCACGAUGAAAUUAUAAAGCACAACAAACCAUUUGCUCUGAACUCUCUUAUCUGUGUAAUGAGACGGAAAUUACACAGUUAUCUCCUGGAACUUUUUGCCCUCCGAAAAUUAUUAGGGAGUUUUGCCAAAAUGACCUUAUGUUUUCAGCUAUUGAAUUCUCGAGGAAAAAAAAAAAUAUUCAUUGGUUAGUUAGUAGAUUUUCCCCUUACAGCUAGUAAUUAAACAACUCUAACUGUGAUGUUGCAGAAAUCAAGUCGCAGGUCCAACAUAUUGCGAUACGUACGGAAAGGAAAGACUCAUUUGUACUGAGGUCAGUGGAGCUGGAAAUGGCCUGGGCCUGUCAUUGGGUGUGUGGCACACCGUGGAAAGCCAAAGGAGUUGUAAAUGAUGCCAUCUUAAUGUAUCUUUUAAGAGCAGAGGGGAGGAAUUAACGGUGCAUGUCAGCCAUGGUCAUUAUUGUACAAAAAAAAACUCGCAGCCACAGUCAUUGUUUUAC